AUGGGGAACUGUUGUGAGACCGCAGCUAAUUUUUUCGGCCCGCAGAAGAACACCAAUGUGCGUGUUAGUCUGCCAGCUGUCUGCUUUGUGUGGCAGAUUGCUAUGAUUAUCCUGUUUGGAGUUUUCAUCCGGUAUGAUGAGGAGUCAGACGCACAUUGGGCAGAGCACAAGAAGAGUCACAACAUCACCAGCGACAUUGAAAAUGACUUCUACUUCAGAUAUCCCAGCUUCCAGGAUGUCCACGUCAUGAUCUUUGUUGGAUUUGGUUUCCUCAUGACCUUCCUGAAACGCUACAGCUUCGGUGGAGUGGGCUUCAACUUCCUGAUUGCCUCCUUUGGUCUGCAGUGGGCUCUUCUCAUGCAAGGCUGGUUCCACUCCCUCGACCUCACUACAGGAAAAAUCUACAUUGGAGUGGAGAGUCUGAUCAACGCAGACUUCUGCUGUGCCGGCUCUCUGAUCGCUUACGGUGCCCUCCUGGGAAAAGUAAGCCCUGUCCAGCUGCUUGUGGUCACCCUGUUUGGCGUCACGCUGUUUGCUGUGGAGGAAUUCAUCAUCCUCAGCCUCCUUCAUUGCCGAGAUGCUGGUGGCUCCAUGGUCAUUCAUGCUUUCGGAGGGUACUAUGGUUUGGCCAUCUCUUGGGUCCUCUACCGACCAAACCUACACCAAAGUAAACGCCUCAACGGAUCUGUCUACCACUCUGAUUUGUUUGCAAUGAUCGGUACACUUUUCCUGUGGAUGUUCUGGCCCAGUUUCAACUCAGCCAUCACAGACCAUGGUGACGGACAGCACAGAGCAGCCAUCAACACUUACAUUGCCCUCGCUUCCUCUGUUCUCACCACUGUGGCCAUCUCCAGCAUGUCUCAGAAGAGAGGAAAACUGGACAUGGUACAUAUCCAGAAUGCCACCCUGGCUGGUGGUGUUGCCAUGGGAACAGCCGCUGAGUUCAUGAUCACUCCUUACGGUUCACUCAUUGUGGGUUUCUGCAGUGGCAUCAUCUCCACCUUUGGCUACCUGUUUAUCACGCCCUUCUUGGAGAAGUAUCUCAAGCUCCAGGACACAUGUGGUGUCCACAAUCUGCAUGCUCUGCCAGGGAUGCUCGGCGGCUUUACAGGUGCCAUCGUUGCCGCGGCUGCCACCGAAUCUGUCUACAGCAAAGAGGGGUUGAUCAACACAUUUGACUUUGAAGGCGCCUUUGCAGACAGAAGUGUAGGAACGCAGGGAGGCUUCCAGGCUGCUGGCACAUGUGUGGCAGUUGCAUUUGGACUUGUUGGAGGGGCGAUUGUUGGUUUCAUCCUGAAGUUCCCCAUCUGGGGCGACCCUGCUGAUGACAACUGCUUCGAUGAUGAGGUUUACUGGGAGGUCCCUGAGGAUGAGGAGACCAUCCCUCCUGUUUUGGAGUACAACAACCACAUGAUACACAAGCACCAAGACAUAUCUGAGUCAAACUUCUCUGUGGAGCAGAGCUAGAGAUGCACAGUGGAAUAUCAUCAUCCUCACAUCACCUUGAACUUGAUACAGCUGUGAAACAACACUAAUUUAUGAAAGAAUUGCCUUUAAAGAACGGGCAAUCCUACAAGAAAGGAACAAUAUUUUUUGAUGCGUUUGUCUGUCAGUUAUUGGGAGUUUAAAGGUUAUGACGGCGCUGCAAUAGAAAAGUGAUUCUAAAUUAAAACUGGUGUUAUUGUUGAAGGAAAUUUUUAAACUGCUUUCUUAUAACUUAACAUGAAUCCAAGAAGUAUGAUGAGAAGUCAAAAGCACCUGUGUAGUGUGAUGUAGUGUAUCUCACUAUGUAGUGUAAGUUGAUUGUAAUGCACAGAAGAACUGAGAGUUGUUUUCAUGUGUGUUUCUACAUCAUCAGUUGUAGCACAUCUUAUUUUAUCUUUAAAGACCUUGGAGAGCUCUGAAUUCUUUCAUGUCAUGCUUUAUAAUUGUUAAAUAUUGUCACUGAUAAUUUUCUAUGUAAUGUCCUUUUUAACAAGGAAUCUGCUGAAGUACAGUAUAUUGAAAAGUAUUUAAUCAAAGUUAUUUGUGCUGCCAAAUUAGGCGCACUUAUUGAGUUGUAUCUUUUCUUUCUUUUUAAGCUGCAUGUACAUACUGUAUGAUUCCACUUUUUAUCACACAUUGUUUGUUUGUUGCAUACCUUAUUUGUUCUUAAGGUGGAAGUUUUGAGUAACUAUAGUAACAAUGAAACAGU